AGACAUGAAUCAUCGAUAAAGCUUCUCCGUUGGAAUGUCGCGAUGCAAAAGCAAGGGAGAAAAUGUAUAAUAGCUAGGCGAAAAAAGAAGAGAUAUGUAGGUAAAUCGGUUGGAGUAAGGAAAGUAGCAGCAGUUAAAGUCUGAGACCGAGGGACUCUAGAUAGGCGGAUGGCGUGCUUGCUGGCCCGCGCCGGAAGUCGCGUGUCGACGUCGACCAUGCCACCACCGUACCACCUUCUGCUCCCCACCAUCGUGGUAGAUUUCUCGGCUCCACCGAACCACCACUACCGCCACUGCUACCACCACCGAGUUCACCACCGCAUUUUCUUAACGUUCAACGAGACGAAGGCUAGUCGGUUAGGCAAGGUUGAAUCGAGUUGUUGGUUGCUAGUGUUACCCCGUGGAUUCGCACACUGCCGUGACAGUGAUUGGUCGAUCCUGCUCGAGCAGCGAGAGAGUCGAGGGAAGGCAACCCUUCGCAAGCUACGUAACGUCUUCAGAAUCGUUAGGGUGUACGAUUAGCACGCAUCGAGUCGCUCGACCUUCGAUUCCAUCGUCAGUUUAUUUUCUCAUUUUCAUUCCCGAGAAAUAUCGCGAGAAAAAAUAGCGUAAUCAUUUCAUAUUAAUCAGAAGACGUAAAUUUUCAAGUGGCAAACGAAGUCGUUGUUCGACUGUAAAACAUGUCGGGGCUGUACGAUGAAAGAGCGUACGGAGUACCAUGAGCAGUAACAGUAAGAAGACAUCGGGCGGGAAGGACGAAAAGAAGAAUCCCUCCAGCAAGGAGGAAAGCCCCGUAAACAAAGAUGAUGCCGGAGGAUCGGCGUCGGUGGGAAGCACCGGCGGAGGAACGAGCGCAGAUGGAACGCAACCUGGAAGUAAGCCUGGAUCUGCUGGGGCGACCAGCAGGGAAGCAGCACAAAAGCUCCUCGGGCUUGCCGCGCGCGGAGAAUGGGCACCGGUGGACCAGCUGCUCAAAUCUCUGGAGAAGGCGAUGCAAAAUGUUGGAGAGGAUGGUCCCGUCGCUCCUCUUGCCAGUAUCAUGGACCCGGCGACGGGCAUGACACCAUUGAUGUACGCAGUGAAGGACAAUCGCACAGGAUUGCUCGAGCGAAUGAUCGAGCUGGGAGCGGAUGUGGGCGCCAGGAAUAACGACAAUUACAAUGCUCUCCACAUCGCGGCUAUGUACUCCAGGGAGGAUGUCGUUAAAUUGCUUCUGUCAAAACGGGGUGUCGACCCUUAUGCCACAGGCGGAUCCAGGCAACAAACUGCUGUACAUUUGGUCGCAUCCAGACAAACAGGUACAGCGACUUCUAUUUUACGAGCGUUGCUGGCUGCCGCCGGUCGGGACAUUAGGUUGAAAGUCGAUGGGAAAGGGAAGGUACCUUUGCUGCUGGCUGUGGAAGCUGGGAAUCAAUCGAUGUGCAGGGAGUUGUUGUCUCAACAGGCACCGGAUCAACUCCGUGCCACUACCACCAUAGGUGACUCGGCUCUUCAUCUGGCGGCCCGAAGAAGGGACAUCGACAUGGUGCGAAUAUUGGUGGACUACGGGGCGGCUGUGGAUAUGCAGAACGGCGAUGGACAAACUGCGCUGCACAUAGCGAGCGCGGAGGGCGACGAAACCCUCGUCAAGUAUUUUUACGGUGUCAGAGCAUCGGCCUCCAUCACCGAUCAUCAGGAUCGUACCCCGAUGCAUCUGGCAGCAGAGAACGGACACGCUUCCAUUAUUGAGUUGCUGGCCGACAAAUUUAAAGCUAGUAUAUUCGAGAGGACGAAGGACGGGUCGACGCUGAUGCAUAUAGCGUCGUUGAAUGGCCACUCGGAAUGCGCGACGAUGCUGUUCAAGAAGGGCGUCUACUUGCACAUGCCGAAUAAACGUGGUGCCCGGUCGAUUCACACGGCGGCCAAGUACGGCCAUGUCGGCAUCAUAAGCACUCUUUUGCAACGAGGUGAAAAGGUGGACGCGACCACGAACGACAAUUAUACGGCACUGCAUAUAGCCGUGGAGAAUGCAAAACCUGCGGUAGUAGAGACUCUGUUGGGAUACGGGGCUGAAGUUCACGUACGAGGUGGAAAGCUUCGGGAAACACCUCUCCAUAUAGCAGCCAGAGUUCCCGACGGUGACAGAUGUGCGCUGAUGUUACUGAAAUCUGGCGCAGGACCGAAUUUAACCACCGACGAUGGUCAAACACCUGUGCACGUAGCGGCGAGCCAUGGCAACUUGGCGACGUUAAAGCUUCUUCUGGAGGAUGGCGGGGAUCCCAUGUACAAAUCCAAGAACGGAGAAACGCCGCUGCACUUGGCCUGUAGGGGAUGCAAGGCCGACGUGGUGCGACACUUGAUCGAGUUCGUGAAGGGAAGGAAAGGUGCAGAAACAGCGACCGCCUACGUCAACAGUUUGACAAACGAAGGGGCGAGUGCGCUGCAUUACGCCGCGCAGAUCGAACCGGCGGAAGUUGGAACACCCGGCGACGACCGUGCUGUCAUUCGAGCACUUCUGGAGGGUGGAGCAGAUGUUUCGCUCCAGACGAAACAGGCUCAAGAAUCCGCGUUCCAUCAUUGCGCGCUAGCUGGGAACAACGAAGUUCUGUCGGAAAUGAUAUACGGUAUGUCAGCUACGGAAGUACAGAAAGCCCUAAAUCGUCAGAGCGCCGUCGGAUGGACACCGUUGCUGAUCGCUGCCCAUCGUGGCCACAUGGAGCUGGUGACCACGCUGCUGGCGAAUCACGCGAGAGUAGACGUGUUCGAUCUGGAAGGUAGAUCCGCUCUCCAUCUGGCUGCCGAGCACGGCUAUUUACAAGUCUGCGACGCGUUAUUGGCAAACAAAGCGUUUAUUAACUCGAAAUCCAGAGUCGGUAGAACGGCAUUGCAUUUGGCAGCGAUGAACGGCUACUCGCAUCUCGUCAAGUUUCUCGUGCAGGACCACGGGGCUGCGAUAGACGUUCUUACGCUGAGAAAGCAGACACCUCUUCAUUUGGCAGCUGGCGCUGGCCAAUUGGAAGUGUGCAAGCUUCUACUCGAACUCGGGGCAAGUAUAGACGCGACGGAUGAUCAAGGCCAGAAGCCGAUUCAUGCUGCGGCCAUGAACAAUUACGCAGCGGUUGCCCAGCUGUUCCUUCAAAGGCAUCCGAGCCUAGUGAUGGCAUGCACCAAAGAUGGAAACACUUGCGCUCACAUAGCGGCGAUGCAAGGCAGCGUACGCGUGAUCGAGGAGCUGAUGAAAUUCGAUCGGCAAGGUGUCAUCUCUGCGAGAAACAAGUUAACCGAAGCGACGCCGCUCCAGCUGGCGGCUGAAGGAGGGCACGCCGAAGUUGUUAAAGCGUUAGUCAGAGCGGGCGCCUCGUGCGCCGAUGAGAAUCGGGCGGGAUUUACCGCGGUCCAUUUGGCCGCACAACACGGGCAUGGCCAGGUAUUGGAAGUGAUGCGAUCUUCUCAGUCUCUUCGUAUAUCCAGCAAGAAACUUGGGGUUACCGCGCUUCACGUUGCCGCCUACUUUGGUCAAGCCGAUACUGUGCGGGAAUUGUUAACUCACGUGCCUGGGACAGUGAAGUCCGAUCCCCCAACUGGUGGCUCUCUAGUGGGAGAACUGGGAAGUGAAUCUGGAAUGACACCGUUACAUCUGGCUGCUUACUCCGGAAAUGAAAACGUCGUACGACUACUGUUGAACUCGGCCGGUGUACAGGUGGAAGCAGCGACCACAGAAAACGGUUUCAAUCCCCUUCAUUUGGCCUGUUUCGGAGGUCACAUCACGGUAGUGGGUCUUUUGUUGAGCAGAUCGGCGGAAUUGUUACACAGCUCGGAUCGAUACGGUAAAACCGGCCUCCACAUCGCCGCGACUCACGGCCACUACCAGAUGGUCGAGGUUCUGCUCGGCCAGGGAGCAGAAAUAAACGCGACCGAUAAAAACGGCUGGACGCCGUUGCACUGCGCCGCUCGCGCUGGCUAUCUCGACGUUGUUAAAUUGCUGGUCGAAAGCGGUGCCUCGCCGAAGAGCGAAACCAAUCUCGGAAGCGCGCCGAUUUGGUUCGCCGCCUCGGAGGGCCAUAACGACGUGCUCAAGUAUCUCAUGGAGAAAGAGCACGAUACAUACGCCUUGAUGGAGGACAAGAGGUUCGUUUAUAACAUGAUGGUCUGCAGUAAGAGCAACAACAAUAAACCGAUCGAGGAAUUCGUGCUGGUAUCGCCGGCACCGGUAGACACGGCAGCGAAGCUUUCCAAUAUCUACAUGAAACUGUCGGAGAAGGAGAAGGAGAGAGCUAAAGACUUGAUAGCCGCCGGCAAACAAUGCGAAGCGAUGGCCACGGAACUGUUAGCUCUGGCCGCAGGCGCCGACUCGGCUGGAAGGAUUCUUACCUCGAUGGACCGCCGGAACAUGGAAUUCUUGGACGUUCUGAUCGAGAACGAGCAGAAGGAAGUGAUCGCGCAUACGGUGGUGCAGCGGUAUCUUCAAGAACUGUGGCAGGGCAGCUUGAACUGGAACGCCUUUAGAACGAUCCUUCUGUUUAUCGCAUUUCUCAUCUGUCCGCCAGUCUGGGUGGUGUUCGCUCUUCCACUCGGUCACAAGUACAACAACGUUCCCAUUAUAAAAUUCAUGUCGUACCUUACGUCUCACAUAUAUCUGAUGGUCUUCCUUUUACUGGUCGGUAUAAUUCCUAUAUAUCCGGUAGUAAGAGCCAGCCUGUUACCGUACUGGUACGAAUGGUGCCUUCUUGUAAUGCUGUCCGGACUGUUGCUCUUCGAGCUGACUAAUCCCAGUGACAAGAGCGGAUUAGGCUGGAUCAAGUUGGCAGUGCUACUAUUCGGCAUCUGUGGAGUCGCAUUCCAUCUGAUGGGCUUCGUGCUGGUUCAACGAAACUACUGGCCAACUCUGCUCUACCUUAGGAACCAGCUAUUCGCCCUGAGCUUCUUGCUUGCCUGUGUGCAGAUCCUCGACUUCCUCUCGUUUCAUCAUCUGUUUGGACCGUGGGCGAUCAUCAUCGGUAACCUGAUGAAGGAUCUCGCGAGAUUUCUCGCGGUAUUGGCCAUCUUUGUGUUUGGUUUCUCGAUGCACUUUGUCGCGCUGAACCAAGCCUUCAAGAACCAAUCGAUUGCGGAAGCACGCAGCGAGGACAGAAAGAAGAAGGGCGCCUUCCACGACGAUUUGUUGGCCAAUGUUACGGAAUGGAUGAUGGAGACGCCAUCGACGGCGCCUCCUCGUCGCUACGGCCGCUACAAGAAAAAGAAUGAGUGUUGUGACGAUAGCUCCCGAGAUAUAAAGAUGAAUCCUGUACUUGCCUUCGAGUAUCUGUUCUUCGCUGUCUUUGGCCAAACGACCCACAGCGAACUGAAGGUCGAGAAUAAUCAGCCGCAGUGGACCUCGGUCCUGUUCAAGUUGGCCUUUGGCGUAUACAUGUUGGUCUCAGUAGUCGUAUUAAUUAAUCUACUGAUCGCCAUGAUGAGCGACACCUACCAGCGGAUACAGGCGCAAUCGGACAUUGAGUGGAAAUACGGACUCAGUAAACUAAUCCGAAAUAUGCACAGAACGACCACCGCCCCAUCGCCUCUUAACUUGCUCACUACUUGGAUCGUGUACUUCAUCAAGGUGUGCAAGCAACACGCUGCGAAACGAAAACGUCCCUCGUUAGUCCAUAUGAUGGGACUUCAGCGAGGUGACCGUCUUUCACCUAGAUCGAAAAUGGGCGCGAAAUGGCUGGCCAAAGUGAAGAAAGGUCAAGUCAGACCAAAAGAUAGCGUAACCUUAUCUGUGGUACAUUUGAGUCCCCUUGGAAGUCAAUUGUCCUUCAAUAGUGCUACAAGAAUAGAGAGCGUAGUCGAUUGGGACUCGAUUCGUAAGAAAUAUUUGGCUCUGUCCGGGAACGAGCCCGAGAAAGAAGCGGACAAGGAUGCCAAAAACGAGGAUGACGAAAACGAGGAUGAUAAUGCACCGACUGCUUCCAACUCCUCAACGGUACCAACAACUACAACACCGCCCAUCUAGAAGAAGCUGAUUCUUCGCCUCGGGAAAAACACAAGUUCGAUUCGACGAUUGCAAAUUUGAUAAGUUUACCGAACGCAAUCCUGUGGCUAUACGAAUUCUCGUCGCGCUACUACCGCAUAGAAAAUAGCUACGGCAUCAAAAUAUAUUCUAGGUAACGAUUCGUAGCGUCUUUUGAAGAUCGACCGGCUAUUCGCGAAAUAUAAUCAACGUGCUAUCAUUUCGAAGUUUACGUAA